AUCUUCAUUCUGUUUCUAUUUUUCGAUGUGUAUUAUUUUCUCCGUGGUUUGAUUGUGUCUGUGUAUUCCAGGUUUAAGUCCAGAAUCAGUAUUCUAGAAGAAUCUGUAGUUCCUGGGAUAUGUUUGACCACAGAUCUAGAUUUUAACCUUCAUAUGAAUAAUGGGCGAUAUUUAAGAGAAGGAGAUUUUGGUCGUUUUGAUUUUUGGGUUCGAUCUAGAUAUUGGCAAGAGGUGAAGAAACUUGGAGGCUCUCUAACUAACGGAGGCAAUAAUAUCCGCUAUAGAAAGUCACUGGUAUUCUUAGAUAGAUAUAAUAUUCAUACUAAGGUAGUCUACUGGGAUGAACGGUCAUUUUAUAUGGAGCAGAAACUAAUUCGAACUCAGGAUCAGUUUAUAUGUUCAAUAGCUCUGAUAAAACAGGUGGUACUAGGAGCUACGCCUGCUGAUCUUGUGUCAAAACUAGACCCCAACAUCGUCUGCCCAGACCCACCUAAGGAACUUCUACUGUGGUUGGAGGCUGCCCAGAUUUCUAGUGAAAAGCUGCGGAAAUCU